CGGCCGCUUCUUCACCUUGCUCUCGCAGGUAAUCUUUCUUCAUUUCUCCUCCGUCAUCGAAUAUCUGUUCUUUUUCCUCGGUAAUUAGUUGUAGGGGUGCAGUCGUUGGCUGAUUCUUGAAUAUCCAAGAUGCCGUCUCACAAGACCUUUAGAAUCAAGAAGAAGUUGGCCAAGAAGAUGAGACAGAACAGGCCCAUUCCUCACUGGAUCCGCUUGAGGACCGACAAUACCAUCAGGUAUAAUGCGAAACGAAGGCACUGGCGCCGCACCAAGCUUGGAUUUUGAGGUGUUCCUCUUGUGAUUUGCUCUUCAUCCUGUUUUGAACCUAUUUAAGUGUUAUGAUGUUAGUUGUGGAGAAGACAAAGGAUAGAUGUUUGAACUUUUUUGCCCCUCAAUUUAAGAACUUGUGGAAUAGAAAAUCAUGUAGUCUUUAGGCUGGCAUCUAUUUUCAAUCUAUAUCUGGAGUAAUUUCAAUUCUUAAGAUAAAUCUCGUGUUCAUUUUGUU